AUGCUUCCUGCUGAGAGUGUGGCGAGCACUCCGCAGCUGACUCGCAGGAUAUCCAGGAGAUCGAUCUCUAAGCAUUCACAGCCUUUUAAGGAUGACCCAGAUGCGCUGGAAUGGCUUCGCCGUAAACUGGACCCGGAAUGGGAGAUCGAUGUUCGCGGCGAGCUCGACGACGACGACGAUGGAAUUGAGGAGCUUUUGAACGGACUACGGGCCAGUAAAAGAAUAAACACUCUACAAGAGUACCGGUUUCUCAGCACGCUGAAUCCGCAGCUCGAAAGCUUUGAUUACCAGGCCCAUUACGAGAAGUUUGCUAAUUUCCAGUCGGAAAUAAAAAACACGAGAACAUAUCUCAAGCCUCUGUUCGACUACCUCCAAAACUUUGAACACAACAUCAACAAGCUAUCCCAGGAAAUGGAGUUCCUCCAAAAGCGAUCUGACAUGCUCAAUCUGCAGAUAAAAAGCAAGCAGGAGCUAGAUACAAGGUUAACUCCGGUCAUCAACGAUCUUAUAAUCCCUCCGGCAAUAAUAAACUCCAUAAUAGAUGACAAGAUAGACGAAAAGUGGGUUGAAAACAUUGCGUUUCUUGCCGAAAAGAAAGAAAUUUACUCCAAGUACUCUUCCGAAACCCAGCCGAAGUGUCUUCCGGAGCUCGUGCAACUGCUGGAUCUGAUGGAACUCAAAGUUGUGGAACGAAUUCGAGACUACCUAAUCAAGCAAAUCAAGGCCCUCAGAAAGCAGACGGUCUCAUCGCAGGUCGUUCAGAGCGAGAUGCUCGAGGUGAAGGAGAUAUUCACUUUUUUGCAGGAGAAGAAUCGCAAGCUGAGUAACGAUCUUUGUCAGGCAUACUGUCAUACUAUGCGUUGGUACUAUUAUCAAAAUUUUGUCAAAUAUACCUCGUCAUUGGAAAGACUGAGAAUUCACAAAGUUGAGAAGAAUGUCCUGCUUGGGGCACUGGAGGAGGAGGCUGGUUCAUCCGGAGCCGGAUCAUUUUUUGGGUACUCUAACAAGAGACACGAGAUCACUGCAAGCGAGUAUCUGAUUGGUUUGACAAAAAGACUCGAGUUGUUGGGCAAGUUUGAUGAGACAGUCAUGCCCGCUCAGAUAGCCGAGACUAACAAUGCAAAGUACUGGCUUGAAACUGCGUUCAGGAAUUUCAACGUUGCACUUUUGGACAACGUCUCUGUUGAGUACCUUUUUAUGAGCGAGUUCUUCAACUUGACCAAGAGCGAGCAAUUAGAUGAGAUCUUCAAGACGAUUUUCAACCCGGUGUACCAAAUUGGGCACAGUUUCACCAAAUAUCUUAUUUCUAAUACCUACGACUACUUUGGGGUGCUCAUAGCUAUUCGUCUUACUCAACAACUGGAAUACGAAUUGCAACGUCGACGCAUACCGGUGAUGGAAGACUACCUGAACUAUCAACUGAUUAUUCUAUGGCCAAGAUUCCAAAAUUUGAUAGACCAAAAUUGCAUGAACGUCAAAAAGAGCGUAUCGUCCUCUGUGAUCCUCAAGAGCAUCAAUAAGAACAUAAUGAUUCCGCUGGACCUCACACAGAACUUCGGGCGUGUAUUGCUCAACCUGCUUGGUCUGUCGCAAAACUUGAUAGAGCAGGAGACUUCAGAACCGCUGACAAACUCCAUUGUCCGCCUUCGAAACGAGUUUGAAAGCACACUGAUGAAGAUGAGCUCUACACUGGAUCCUAAGAAGAGAGAGAUAUUUCUUUACAGCAACUUCUCGCUUGUCCUCACGAUUCUGAGCGAAUUGGAAGAGCCCAACAAAACCGGACUGGACGAAGUGGCGCACUUUCAAAAUCUGGUAGAUGCGUAUGCAAGUAGGGAGUAA